AAAUCCCUGGCUCUCCCUUACCAUGAAAACAUUCGUUCGGUAGCAGCAGCUUAAAGCUUACUUCGUGCUCAUCUUCGUGCGUGCACACACACACAAACACACACGUGCUCAUUCUAUUAUUACCUGCGGUCGUGUGUGGGCAUGGCAACCACCGCAAGAUCGUCGACGGCGGCGGACUUGCUGCUCUACCUGUCGCUGUCGACGGCGAGCAAGGUGAUCGGCAAGGGCGCCGGCGGCGGCAGGCGCCGCCGGGACCGUGGCGCAGACGGUGCGUUCCGGUGCCGCACCUGCGGCCGGAGCUUCGCCACGUUCCAGGCGCUCGGCGGCCACCGGACCAGCCACAACCGCCCGCGGGUGCGCGCCGACGGCCUCGACCUCCUGCUCGGCGCGCGCCCCGGCAAAGGCGGCGGCGCCGCGAGGGACGCCCACCGGUGCAACGCGUGCGGCAUGGUGUUCCCCACCGGGCAGGCGCUCGGCGGACACAUGAGGCGCCACAGGGCGGCGGUGCUCGACGUCGCCGCUGCCGUGCCGGAGACGACGACGACGGCGUCGUCGUACAGCGAUAAUAGCGAUGAUGAGGAGGGCCACUUGCCCAUUCAGUUAAUCCAAUUCAUAUGAUGAAUUAAAAGAUCGAUGAUCAAACUAAGUUUGGUUUGCAUUGGCGGUGUGGUUGCAUCAGGAUUAUAUUCAGGAAAAUUACACAACUAGCUUGAUCAGCGCACGCGUGUGUGUGUAUAUAUAUAUGCAUGUGUCACAAGG